GUUCAUGAGAGUGAGAGAUAUACAGGAACUGCUGGGGAUACGGAUUCUAAUACUAAACCGGUGUUAGCUGCUUCUGUUGCUGCUUUGGCCAGGACUGCAAGAUACACAGGGUGUCUAAUGUUGAUUUCUUUGUUCUUGAUUGUUGGGAACUCCUUUCACUUGGCUGGUAUCUUUCUACAGCCCUUGGUUUCCAGCUUCAUUUAGAGAACUAUCACAUUGGUUUUUGCAUCAGGAGAACUGCAGACAAGAGGAGUUAUAUAUCUGCCUUCUGAGACUGUGGUGGUGACAGCUUCAUGGCAGAGCCAGGAGGGGGGGGAGGGAGUGCUGGUGAGGGUGGUGGCAGUCUGCCCUCACCAUUGCCUUCUGCUAAUGGCAAACGCACUUUCAUGGCUAGUGAUGAAGGAAGGGGGGAAAGCAAUGGAGGAAAGUGCAGGAUAGAGGAUACCAACGGCAGUGGAGUUUCCAAUGGAGACUGUGUCCUUGUAGAGGGUGGAGAGGAGAGUGGAACACCACAGCCGGACAGCCCAUGCAUAGAUAAACCUGGCAAGUCUGGCAUUCCCCGGAGGAGCAGUAUUAUCAAGGAUGGUACCAAGCAAAGAAAAGAACGAAAGAAAACCGUGUCAUUCAGCAGCAUGCCCACUGAGAAGAAGAUUAGCAGCGCAAGUGACUGUAUUAAUGCAAUGGUGGAUGGAUCUGAGCUGAAAAAAGUUAGGUCGAACUCCAGAAUUUACCAUAGAUAUUUUCUCCUGGAUGCAGAUAUGCAGUCCCUCCGGUGGGAGCCCUCUAAGAAGGAUUCUGAAAAAGCAAAAAUUGACAUCAGGUCGGUAAAAGAAGUGAGAACUGGAAAAAAUACUGAUAUUUUCCGUAGCAAUGGGAUUUAUGAUCAGAUAUCAGAGGACUGUGCAUUCUCCAUCAUUUAUGGUGAUAAUUAUGAAUCAUUAGAUCUUGUUGCUAACACAGCAGAUGUUGCAAAUAUUUGGGUUACAGGGUUACGUUACUUAAUUUCUUAUGGAAAGCACACAUUGGAUAUGAUUGAAAGUUUACAGGAUAAUAUGCGGACAUCAUGGCUUUCUCAAAUGUUUAAUGAAGAGGAUAUAGAAAAUGUGGGACAAUUACCUCUUUGUAGGGCAGUGCAAUUUAUCAAAACAAGGAAUCCUGGUCUUAAAAACGGCAAAAUUGAAUUAAAAUUCAAAGAAUUACAGAAAUCUAAGGACAAAAUUAGUACAGAUGUCACAAAGGAUGAAUUUAUUGAAGUUUUCCAUGAGCUCUGCACAAGGCCAGAAAUUUAUUUUUUGUUAGUUCAAUUUUCAAGCAAUAAAGAAUUCUUGGAUACCAAGGACCUUAUGAUGUUUCUAGAAGCAGAACAGGGUAUGGCACAUGUCACAGAGGAUAUAAGCCUUGAAAUUAUAAAAAAAUAUGAGCCAUCUGUAGGCCGGGAGAAAGGAUGUCUGUCUUUAGAUGGCUUUACAAAUUACCUUAUAUCACCUGAUUGUUGUAUUUUUGAACCAGAGCACAAAAAAGUAUGUCAGGAUAUGACACAACCAUUGUCCCACUAUUACAUAAAUGCAUCACAUAAUACAUACCUAAUAGAAGAUCAAUUUAGAGGUCCUUCAGAUAUUACAGGUUAUAUUCGCGCACUCAAAAUGGGCUGUCGAAGUGUUGAGCUAGAUGUAUGGGAUGGCCCAGAUAAUGAACCCGUAAUUUAUACAGGUCACACAAUGACAUCACAGAUAGUCUUCCGUAGUGUUAUUGAUAUAAUCAACAAAUAUGCCUUCCAUGCUUCUGAGUAUCCUCUAAUUUUAUGUUUGGAAAACCACUGCUCCAUCAAGCAACAAAAAGUAAUGGUCCAGCAUAUGAAGAAAAUUUUAGGAGAAAAAUUAUAUACAGCUUCUCCCAACGCAGAAGAAUCUUAUCUUCCAUCUCCUGAUUUGUUAAAAGGAAAAAUUCUAAUGAAAGCAAAAAAGCUGCCACCAAACUGCACUGGAAUUGAGGGGGAUGUUACCGAUGAAGAUGAAGGGAUAGAAAUGUCUCAGAGAGUUGGAAAAGAAGCCGAAGACCAGCAAAACAUUGUCACAGUAAAACGAAUUCAACUGUGUAAGGAGCUCUCAGAAUUGGUAAACAUUUGUAAAUCUAUUCAGUUCACUGAUUUUCAGGUAUCAUUUCAGAAUCAGAAAUACUGGGAAGUUUGCUCAUUUAAUGAAGUGGCAGCAGGAAAAUAUGCAAAUGAAAAUCCUGGAGAUUUUGUUAACUAUAACAAAAGAUACUUGUCCAGGAUUUUUCCUAGCCCAAUGAGAAUAGAUUCCAGCAACAUGAAUCCUCAGGAUUUUUGGAAAUGUGGUUGCCAAAUAGUGGCAAUGAAUUUUCAAACACCUGGAUUAAUGAUGGAUCUCAACAUUGGCUGGUUUCGUCAGAAUGGGAAUUGUGGAUAUGUUUUGCGUCCUGCUAUCAUGCGUGAGGAGGUUUCUUUCUUUAGUGCAAACACAAAAGAUUCUGUGCCAGGGGUUUCUCCCCAGCUUCUUCAUAUUAAAAUCAUCAGUGGACAAAACUUUCCAAAACCCAAAGGUUCUGGUGCCAAAGGCGAUGUUGUAGAUCCUUAUGUUUAUGUUGAGAUUCAUGGUAUACCUGCAGACUGUGCUGAGCAAAGGACAAAAACAGUACACCAAAAUGGAGACAAUCCCAUUUUUGAUGAAAGUUUUGAAUUUCAGAUUAAUCUCCCGGAACUAACAAUGGUUCGGUUUGUGGUAUUGGAUGAUGAUUAUAUUGGAGAUGAAUUUAUUGGACAGUAUACAAUUCCAUUUGAAUGUCUACAACCUGGGUAUAGGCAUGUCCCUCUGCAAUCUUUAACUGGAGAUGUAUUACCGCACACAUCGUUAUUUGUCCAUGUGGCUAUUACAAACCGCAGGGGUGGAGGCAAACCCCAUAAACGUGGCCUCUCUGUGAGGAAAGCAAAGAAAUCCAGGGACUAUGCUUCCAUGAGAACAUUAUGGAUAAAGUCUGUUGAUGAUGUAUUUAAGAACGCUAUUCAACCUAUACGAGAAGCCACAGACCUCCGAGAAAAUAUGCAGAAUGCAGUUGUUUCAUUCAAAGAGCUGUGUGGGCUUUCUCCUGUGGCUAAUCUCAUGCAGUGCAUUAUGGCGCUGUCGACUCGCUUGGCUGGACCUGACAAUACACCAGUUGUGGUAAUGAACCUCAACGAUCAGUAUCCCACUAUGGAGCUGCAAGGGACAGUACCAGAGGUCAUGAAAAGGAUUUUAACAGCCUUCGACACAAUAAUCCAGAGUAGCAAGGCUCUAAUAGAGAAUUCUGAUGGUGUUUAUGAGAAGAUUGCACAAUGUCAGAAGACUGCAAUGGAAUUCCACGAGAAUCUGCACUCCAUUGGGUCUAAAGAAGGUUUAAAGGAAAGGAAACUGCUAAAAGCUGUGGAGAGUUUCACGUGGAAUAUCACCAUUUUAAAGGGGCAAGCUGAUCUUCUCAAGUACGCCAAAACCGAGACAAUGGAGAACCUGAAGCAAAUUCAUUAUGCCGCUCUUUCAUGUGGACUCAACAAAUCAAGUGUCACAAAUACAGAUGUGCCCAAGGCUCGACGGAGUUUGGAGGUCAUCCAAGAGAAAGCUGGAGAUGAAACCGGAGAUUGAAUGAAUCUAAUAUUCACAGACAACAUCUUUUUAUGAUGGAUUUUAAAACUCUACGUCUAACGUAGCUGCACAAGACGUUUGCUUCACACUUACAGAAACCCACAGUCUUUUAAAGCACAACUGGAGACACAAACACCACUCUGUCAUUCUGUAGAACACAGAACUUUUACAUGAAGGAAAUUGACAUGUAGAAUGCAAAAGACAAUGCCAACCAGGGUGUGGUUGUUAAAUGUGAUUGUUUUGAGAGUGGUGAAAAAAAAUCUUUUAGAAUAGAAAAUAAUUGUGAGGUACUAGAGUUUUAGAGCAGAGAUUUUUUUAAAUUAAAAUUUAAUAGAUAUAUUAAAAUAAACAAAAAUGUCCUAAUGUAUUUCAGAAAUGUGUGGUUAUUGUAGAAACAUGAGUGCUUAAGGACAAAUGCAAUGCACUGAGGAGUGAGCUGAAAGACGUAGCUAGUACCCCUGUGUUUUAUGUUGAGCCAUAAUGUAAAUAAAUAAAACAUAGAAUGCAAUAAGGCAGUGGGCACUGAAACAUGGCCCAUAUCUACAUAACAGCCUAAGGAUAAGCCGAAACCUGUGCACUCCGUCAAGAAAAGUAUAGAUUAUUCAGCUACACUUUUAAAAAUGUUAAUAUCUAAUAUAAAAGUGACCAAAUUUGAAAACAAAAAUGUAAAUAUAUAUUCUUUUUUUAUUUUGUGACGUGUCAAUAUGAAAAUGUUCUAUAAUCUUAUUGUCAUUCAUUUUAACAAAUAUUAACAUUUUUUUGUUUUAAUUUAAUGAAAGUGAUAAACAACUUUAGUGCAAUGUUUUGCUGUUUUAAUGUCAUAUGAUAUUUGACAUGUUUUACAAAAAAGGAAACAAAGAUUCUCCUGAAAUGUAUUUAUAAAACCAACACAACACCCUUUUAUGACUAUAUUUUUUUUAACAAAGUCACAUCUCAUAACGCAAUAAAUAUGAAUGAUACAGAAAA